AGGUUGGACAGCACGGGACUCCUACCUGCAGCUGCAGGGAAGGACAGUGUCUCGUGGGCCGCGGUGGCUGAUCUGCAUUGCAAUCUGAAUGGAGAUUUGCAAAGCGCAUUGCUGUCUUUGAGGCUAUGUCCAGGGAUGACUGGCAUGUGGGCCAGAGAGCUGGGGUGGCACCACCCAGUAGUUUGCAGCCGGAUGGGAUGAGAUGGAGGAGGAAGUCAGUCUGCUCUUAAAAGCUCGGUUCUGCUUGAGUGGAUUUGUCUCUUGCUGGCUGCCUUCACCUGUGGACACCAAAGUCAAGUUUCUUCGGCCUUUCAAAGCAGAUCGAGCUGCUUCUGGACCCUUUGGCUCUUAAAUCUGAAGAAGUUUUGCACAAGAUCUGAAAGAAGAUGACCAUGCCUAUAUAUGUGGUCUGGGGGAUUGCGCUAGCAGUAUGCUGCUGUUUAUGGAUCAUUUUUGGAGUGAGAAGAAGGAAAAUAGGCGAGCCACCUUUGGAGAAUGGGUUGAUUCCAUACUUGGGUUGUGCUCUGAAAUUUGGGGCCAACCCUCUGGAGUUCCUCAGAGCAAACCAAAGGAAGCAUGGUCAUGUUUUUACCUGCAAAUUAAUGGGAAAAUAUGUCCACUUCAUUACAAAUUCCCUGUCAUACCAUAAAGUGUUGUGCCAUGGUAAAUAUUUUGACUGGAAAAAAUUUCACUACACAACUUCUGCGAAGGCAUUCGGGCACCGGAGCAUUGACCCCAGCGACGGAAACACCACCGAGAACAUCCAGAGCACUUUCUCCAAGACGCUGCAGGGCGACGCGCUGGCCGCCCUCACCCAGGCCAUGAUGGAGAACCUGCAGGUCACCCUGCGGCCGCAGGGCGCGGGCCCGCUGACCGCAGCCUGGGUGACCGAGGGCAUGUACGCCUUCUGCUACCGCGUCAUGUUCGAAGCCGGCUACCUCACUCUUUUCGGCAGAGACCUGGCCAGGCAGGACGUCCAGAGGGGCCUCAUCCGGAGCAGCCUGGACCACUUCAAGGAGUUCGACAGGGUCUUCCCGGCGCUGGUGGCCGGGCUGCCCAUCCGCGCCUUCAAGACGGCGCACCGGGCACGGGAGAAGCUGGCCGAGGGCCUGGGCCACGAGCGGCUGCGGGCGCGGGCGCGCGUGUCCGAGCUGAUCAGCCUGCGCAUGCACCUCAAUGACACGCUGUCCACCUUCGACGACGCCGAGAAGGCCAGGACGCACCUCGCCCUGCUCUGGGCCUCGCAGGCCAACACCAUCCCUGCCACGUUCUGGAGCUUGUUCCAGAUGAUCAGGAGCCCUGAAGCAAUGGAAGCAGCGUCUGAAGAAGUGCAGAAAGCCCUGGAGAAGGCAGGUCAACAGCUCAGCUUCGAAGGCAAACCCGUGCAUCUCAGUCAGAUGCAGCUGAAUGACUUGCCGGUUCUAGACAGUAUCAUCAAAGAGGCCCUGAGGCUUUCCAGUGCCUCCCUGAACAUCCGGACAGCUAAGGAGGAUUUCACUUUGCACCUUGAGGAUGGUUCUUACAAUAUCCGCAAAGAUGACAUCAUAGCUCUUUAUCCACAGUUAAUGCAUUUAGAUCCAGAAAUCUACCCAGAUCCUCUGACUUUUAAAUAUGAUCGGUAUCUAGAUGAAAACAGGAAGACAAAGACCACCUUCUACAGUAAUGGAAUCAAGUUAAAGUACUACUACAUGCCUUUCGGGUCAGGAGCUACCAUAUGUCCUGGAAGGUUAUUUGCUGUCCAAGAAAUCAAGCAAUUUUUGAUCCUGAUGCUUUUGUAUUUUGAACUGGAGCUUGUGGAAAGCCACGUUAAGUGUCCCCCUUUGGACCAGUCUCGGGCAGGCUUGGGCAUUUUGCCACCGUUACAUGACAUUGAGUUUAAAUAUAAAUUCAAAUAUGUUUCAACGUGUGGUUAGAAAGGGGCCGUAGGUGAAGUUACGUGACUGCAGGCACCGCGGCAUGCAGAGCCUCUGAGCAAGCGUGUUAAGGGGUGAGGAAGGAGUCGAGCGUGUUCAGUUCUGUUCCCUGAUAUUUGCUUGUGCAUCUAACAUUUUAUUAAAGCUUCCAGAUGCUGUCUGAGGCUGUGCUAGUGAAAACACUCAUUCCUAGGAGUGUAAUACUUUGUUCUUACUUGCAUGGGUUCUUAUACCCAUGGAUUGAAAUUCAUUAUUUUGGGAGAAAAAAAAUUUAAUCAAAAUGAAGAUACUCCAAUUGGCAGAUUUUUCCUGAGAAAAUUUAUUUUUUAUCAAAAUCACUCAAUAGUUACGGAAAGUACAAAUUCACGUUUUAGUGAAAAAAACAUUAUUUUUCACUAAAUGAGUUUCUUCAGGUGUCAGUAUAGAUUACCAAAGGUAUUUUGAAGAAUGAUACUAUGCAUUUUAUUAGAAAAAAAUUUUUUAAAUUUCCCAAUAUGUGGCAGUCAUGGCCUUUAAAAUGAUGCUCUUUGUGUACAGGAAAUACUAAAGGUAGUCUUGAUAUGUUUUCCCUUUAUUUUUAAAUUUAUUUUGGCUGGAAAUUGUUACAUUAGGCUUCAGCUGUUUUAUUUGUUCCUGAGUCCAUAAUAAUAGAAGUUUUUUCAGAGACUAAAAAUACACUUUUUCUGUCAAUGGCAAAUAUUCAUCUGGAAAAAGAAUGUAGCUCCUCUAUGAUAAAUUUUAAAAUUAAAACCAGGUAAAAACAACCAUUUAAAAACUUUGGUUAUGGAACUGGGCAUAUAGCUCAGUGACACAGUGCCUGCCUGGCAAGCUUAAGGUCCUGAGUUUGACUCCUGAUACAAAAAAUCAAAAACAAACAAAUACAAAAACAAGAAGCUUUGGUUUAUGAAAGACACAGAAUUUAUUAACUUGAUAUUGUACUUUAUUUAAAUAUCCAUUAUUUCCAAAUAAUUGGCAUUUAAGGAAAAAUAAUUAAGAUUAUAUGAUAGUGUUUAAAUGCUGUAUAUAAUAAUGCUUUGAUAAAGUAUGCUUAUCAGCUUUGCUAUUUUUAUUAUUUCCAUGUGUAUUUAUAUGUAAAUUAUAUUUAACCUUUUUUCUUGUACUAUGUAUAUGAAGAAAAUAUUGUAACUUUUGGUAAUCUUAAAAUUGGUCCUUUUAGAAACAGAAGUAUUGUAUGUAUGUGUUUUAAAUUUUGAAAUAUUCAGAAUACUUACAACACUCAUAUUGACAAAAUUCACAAAUUUUAUUCAGGAUUCAUUGAAACUAUUUACAUUUCCAACUGUUUAAAAAGUAUUCAGCUCAGGCAUGAUGCACACACCUGUAAUGCCAGCACUUGGGAGACUGAGGCAGAAGGAUGGCUGUAAGCUCAAGGUCAGACUGAACUGCACAGCAAGACCCUGGCACUAUUCAAAGUAUUAAUUCGCUCAGAAAUCUCUCGUAUGUUACAUAAAAUUCACUCAACAUUUUUUCGCAGUGCUGGGAAUUGAGCCCAGAGCUUUGUAUAUGUAUAGGCAAGUGUUCUACCAUUGAGUUCCUCAACUGUCAUUAAAAUUUUUUUAACAUUGCUAUUUAGUACUAUCAUGAAAUUAUCUCAUGUAGGUUAUUUUUCAUAUCAAGGAAAUCGAGUUCACUAACAUAAGGAUCAAGCCCGACAAAAUUCUGUUUUAUAACAACCUGUUAAGAGCUGAAUUUGUAAUGCAGUUUUCUAAUAAACUUUGUCUGAAUGCAUUCGUA